AUGGAGAAAUUAUCAACAACAUAUCCUUUUCCAUAUAAAACUGAUGACAUUUUUAACAUUGAAUUAUUAAAAGAUAAUAGAAAAGUACUUGGAUUAUCACAUGGAACAAUAAUUUCAACAUGGAAUUAUGCCAGACAAAAAAAUAUUCAUAUAAUAGAUACUACACUCAAAAGAAGGCUGAGCGUUGCAAUGCCAGAUUCACCAAAAAUAAGUACUCAUCGUACUAGCUGCUACCCAAAAGGUAUAUCGUUAAGUACCCAGGUGAAUCAACAUAACAAAACUUUUUCUACUGUUGAAGAAUAUGUUGCAAGUUUUGUUCGUGAUUCCUCAAAAGCUAGGGUCAUUAAAAAAGUACUAGUUGCAACAAAUGGAAUUGCUGCUGUUAAAUGUAUCCUAUCUAUUCGCAAAUUGUUGAUGCAAUUGUUUAAAGAUGAUAGAAUUAUUAAGUUUAUUUGUCUUACCACUGAACAAGAAAUUCAAUCUCAUGCUGAAUAUCUAAAAAUGGCUGAUUAUUGUGUUUUCUCACCAGCUGGUUCUAAUAAUAAUAAUUAUGCCAAUGUUAAUGAGAUUGUUGAACAUGCUGUAAGAAAUAAUGUUGAUGCUGUUUGGGCAGGAUGGGGUCAUGCAUCAGAAAAUCCAGAAUUGCCAAAACAAUUAAAAGAAAAUAAUAUAGUUUUUAUUGGACCACCAUCUACAGCAAUGUUUGCAUUGGGUGAUAAAAUUGCUUCAACAAUUAUUGCUCAAACAGUUGGUGUACCUACUAUUGAUUGGUCUGGAAAUGGAUUAAAAUUACCAUUGUCAGAUGAUAUUGAUGAAGAAGUAACAAUUCCAAAAGAAUUAUAUGAAGAAGCAACAGUAAGAACUGUUGAAGAAGGAUUAGAAUCAUUAAAAAAGAAUAAUAUAACAUAUCCUGUUAUGAUAAAAGCAUCAGAAGGUGGUGGUGGUAAAGGAAUUAGAAAAUGUAAUAAUGAUCAAGAAUUUAUUGAUGGUUUUAGGAAGGUACAAGAUGAAGUACCUGGAAGUCCAAUUUUUCUUAUGAAAUGUAUGAUUAAUGCACGUCAUAUUGAAGUUCAAUUAAUUGGUGAUAUGUAUGGUGAUGUAAUACCUAUUUACACAAGAGAUUGUUCUAUUCAAAGACGUUGUCAAAAGAUUAUUGAAGAAGCACCAGCCUGUAUUGUACCAUCAAGUAUACUUUAUAAUAUGCAAAGAGAUGCUGUUAAUAUGGCUAAAAAAGUUGGAUAUGUUAGUGCAGGAACUGUUGAAUAUAUGUAUGUUCCAGCUACCAAAGAAUAUUACUUUUUAGAACUUAAUCCACGUCUUCAAGUUGAACAUCCAUGUACUGAAAUGGUUGCUAAUAUUAAUAUUCCAGCUAUUCAACUUCAAGUUGGUAUGGGUGUACCAUUAAAUAAAAUUACUGAUAUUAGACUUUUCUUUGGUCUUGAUAGAUAUGGUGAUGAUAAUUUACCUGAAGAACAAAUAAAAACAGAAACAAAUAUAUGUGUUAUUGCUGCUAGAAUUACAAGUGAAGAUCCAGCUGAAGGUUUUACACCAGCAUCAGGUUCUGUUGAAGUUUUAAAUUUUCAAUCAAAUCAAAAUGUUUGGGGUUACUUUUCUGUUUCAUCAACUGGUAAAGUUCAUGAAUUUGCUGAUUCACAAUUUGGACAUUUAUUUGCUAAAGGAACAACUAGACAUGAAGCUAUAUCAAAUAUGCUUUGUGCAUUAAAAGAAUUAGAAUUAAGAGCAACAUUUGCAUCUCAGGUACAAUAUCUUGUUGGAUUAUUGAAAGAAGAUGAUUUUGAACAAAAUCGUUUUAAUACUGCAUGGUUAGAUGCAAGAAUUGCUGCAAAAGUUCAAAAUGUUCAAAUAUUACCUUUACAUGUUAAUUUAGCAUUUGGUGCUACUGUUAUUGGAUAUGCCAAAAUACAACAUGCUUUUUCACAAUAUCAAAGUAGUAUAGAACGUGGGCAAAUUUUACCUACAUCUGAUCUUACUGAAACAUGGCAAAUGGAAUUAGUUCAUGACAAUAUUAAAUAUAGUGUUUUAGUUAAUAGAUAUGGUCCUAUUAAUUUUGUUGUAUAUCUUAAUGGAUCUAUAUGUAGAACAGAAGUUCGUGAACUUGGAAAUAAUACAUUAUUAGUAACUUAUUCAGAUAUUGCUUUUACAUGUUAUUUAGAAGAAGAUCUUGAAAAAUAUAAAGUUACAAUUGGUAGAUCAACAGUUAUUUUUGAAAAAGAAAAUGAUCCAUCAGUUCUUCGAUCAACAAAUGCUGGUCGUUUAUUAAGAUUUAUAAAAGGUAAUGGUGAAAAAGUUAGUGUUGAUGAAUCAUAUGCAGAAAUGGAAUCAAUGAAAAUGGUACUUGAUUUAAAAGUUAGAAAACAAAGUGGAACACUUAUUCAUGUUGCUAGACCAGGACAAACACUAUUUCCAGGUACAUUAAUAGCUAAACUUGAAAAUCAAGGUGAUCAAUGUGCACCAAAACCAAAAGAUUUUGAGGGAAGAAUGAUUGAAUGGGAUAGUAUUGAAAAAGAAAGAUAUCAUUCAAAUACAAGACUUGUAAAUAAAUAUGAACAAUUAAAACAAUAUUGUUAUAAUGUUAUGCAAGGAUAUUCAGUUCCUGAAACAGUAUUUAAAGAUGAAAUAAAGAAUGUUGUAAAUAAUCUUUUUACAGUAAUGAAAGAUAAUAACUUACCAAAAAAUAUGUUUGAUGUGUCAUUUUCAGCUGUAGCAAGUAGAAUACCACGUGUUCAAAAAGAUAAUCUUGAACAUGCAAAAAGAGGUGAUAAAUUUCAAGCACAAAAAAUUCGUGAUAUUAUUUUUAGCCAUCUUAGUAAUGUUGAUCCAAAAAAUUUAGAAAUUGAAAAAACAAAUUUUGAUGAAUUAAUAAAAAUUAGUGAGAAAUUCUUGAAUGGACUUAAUGGUAAUAUAAAACUUUUUGUUGAAGGAUUACUUAGUAUGUAUCUCAAAACAGAAUUAUAUUUUCAAGGUGUUACUUAUGAUAGAGCUGUUUCAUUAAUACAAAAUCAAGUAAAAAAUGCCAAUGAAGCAUUAAGAAUGAUUUAUUCACAUACAAAAAUUACUGCUAAAAAUUUACUUCUUAUUGAAAUUAUAUCACGUCUUGAUAAGGAUGUUAUUCUUGGAUUAAAAGAUACAUUAAGAGCUGUUUCAAAUCUUUUUAAUGAUGAAGCACAAAAACUUGCUUUAUAUGCUUAUCAAACACUUAACUCUACUUAUAAACAAUCUACACUUUAUGAUAAUGAAUUUUUUAAUAAUAACAUUUGUAAUAUAGAAAAUAUUAAAUUAUAUCUUCAAUCAACAUUUUGUGUUGACAAGGAAUCAAUUAAAAUUAUUAACAGUAAGAAUAAUGAUAUUAAAUUUAUCAAAUUGAUUUUGACUCCUUAUGAUUCAUUAUAUCGUUAUAUUGAAAAUACAGAUGAAACAAUAUCUACAACCAAACAAUUUGAGUAUGGUUUUGUUGUAUGUAGUGAUUUAGAUUUAAUUAUAAAAGAGAAAGAUGAAGUAACAAAUUUUGUCAAUGAAUUUAAUGAUCCUAGAAAGAUACAUUAUAUUAUAAAUGAUUCUGAUAAAGGAACAGAUAUUGAUGAAAUAAAAAAAAUAAUUAUUCAAUCUUCUGAUCCAAAUGGAAAUGAAAUUGAUAAAAUUGGUGGUUGUAUGAUACUUAGAAAAGAUAAUGAACCAAUAUAUAUUAACACAGAAUUUGGUAUUUAUGAGAAAUUACAACUUUCUAGACUUCCAAAAACUGCAAAAAUUGUUUCCAAACAAUCAUCUCCAUUUUUAAUUUUUAAAAAUGAUAAUAAAGGAAUAACAAGAUAUUUUGCUCGUCAUCUAAUUAAAGGUUUACUUUCUGAUUGUGUUGGAAAUUCACAUGCUAAUAUAAAGAAUUUAACAUCAAAAUUUAGUGAUAUUGUUAAUUCUCUUUCUGGAGAAAUAAGAAUUAAUGCAUUUAAUGAUAAAAGUCAAACAGUUACUGUUGCUUGCAAUCAUAUUUAUAUUUGUAUUAAUAUGGAAAAACAAGUUUUAUUUGGAUCAAAAAAUAGUAAUGAAAAUAAUGAAAUAUAUAAAAAUAGAAUUUUUACUUUAUUUAGUUCUGCAUUUAAAAAUGCUAUUGGAAAUAAUUAUGAUGUAUUAUGUAAAUCAAAAGUUACAGAAGUUGAGUUAGUUCUUAAUUUCCCAAUACCAUUAAAAGAUGUUGAUGAUGAAACAAAGAAAUUUAGCCAUAAUGAAUGGGUUAUUGGAAAAUUUGUUUUUUAUAAUUUUAUUAGUACAUUAUCAUAUGAUCAAUGUUUCUAUUUAGUAGAUAAUGAUGGAUAUUUUAUUCAAAAAGAUUUAGAUAAAUUUGUUCCAUUAGAUUCAACAAUUUUCAAAAAUAAUAAAUAUUUCUUACAAGAACAUCGUCUUAUAGAAAAUGCUACACAACAAAGAAAAAGAUUUUUAGCUGGUAAAUUAAAUACAACAUAUGUUUAUGAUAUUCCUGGUGUAUUGGCACAUGCAAAUUUUGAACGUUGGCGUGAACUUAAAUCAUCUAAUAUUAUUGGAUAUAUUCAGGCAUUAGAAGAUAUGGCUAUUGCUAGAAAUAUGAAAGCACAAAAUUUUAGUGCACGUUCACUUUUAAAAGCUUAUGAAUUAAUAUUAAAUGAAAAGGGUAUUAUUGAGAAAUGUGUUGAUGAAAAAAUUCUUGAAGAUAGAGCAUUAAAUGCAUUAAAUAAUGUUGGAAUGAUUGCAUGGGAAAUUGAAAUAUAUACACCAGAAUGUUAUAUAGAACCAUUAAAAAUAAUUGUUAUUGCUAAUGAUAUAACAUAUAAAAUGGGAUCAUUUUCAAUGAAAGAACAUAUGGUAUAUGCUAAAGCUUCUGAAUAUUCACGUAAAUUUAAUAUGCCUAGAAUAUAUAUAUCUGCUAAUUCCGGUGCAAGAAUUGGGUUUGCUGAAGAUGUUAAGAAAAAUUUAAAAAUUCAAUGGAUAAAUGAUGAUAAACCUGAAGAUGGUUAUACUGGUUUAACACUUGAUAAUUGCUCAGAAGAUGUAUGGUCACAAGUAAAAUAUUCAACAAAAGAUAAUAUUAGAUAUUUAGAAGCUGUUGUUGGUAAAGAAAAUGAUAUUGGUGUUGAAAAUCUUGUUGGAUCAGGUUUAAUAGCAGGAGAAACAAGUGAAGCAUAUAAUAGUGUACCAACAUAUUGUUUAGUUACAGCUCGUGCUGUUGGUAUUGGAGCAUAUGCUGCUAGGCUAUGUCGUCGUAUUUGUCAAGUUGAAAAUUCUCAUCUUAUUUUAACUGGUGCACCAGCAUUAAAUUCAUUACUUGGUAGAGAAAUUUAUAGUUCUAAUGGACAGUUAGGUGGUACACAAAUUAUGUAUAAUAAUGGUGUUUCACAUACUGUUGCAAAAAAUGAUUCAGAUGGUUUAAAAAAAAUAUUAACAUGGAUAUCAUAUUGUCCAACUAAAAAAAAUGUUCUUAUACCAAGAACUUUACUUCAUCCAGAUAACAAAGAACGUACAGUUGGUUUUAGAGCAUCAAAAGCACCAUAUGAUACAAGAAAAUUACUUGAUAAUGAACAAGAUUUUGGAAUAUUUGAUACAAAUUCAUUUGAUGAAAUUAUGUCAGGAUGGGCUAAAACAAUUAUUGCUGGUAGAGCUAGAUUAUGUGGUCUUCAGGUUGGUGUUGUUGCUGUUGAAACAAGGACUGUUGAAUGUGAAAUACCUGCUGAUCCAGCUACAGCAGAUUCACAAACAAAAGUAGUUAUGCAAGCUGGACAAGUUUGGUAUCCUGAUUCUGCAUAUAAAACAGCUGAAGCUAUUAAUGAUUUUAAUAAAGAAAAUCUUCCACUUAUUAUGAUUGCAAAUAUUCGUGGAUUUAGUGGUGGUCAAAAAGAUAUGUUUGAAAUGAUAUUGAAAUUUGGAGCAUGUAUUGUUGAUGCAUUACAUGCAUAUACUCAACCUGUUAUUGUUUAUAUUCCUCCAUAUGGAGAAUUACGUGGAGGAGCAUGGGCUGUAGUUGAUACAAAUAUUAAUAAAAAUUGUAUAAAAAUGUUUGCUGAUCCUGAAUCACGUGGAGGUGUAUUAGAACCAGAAGGUAUUUGUGAAAUAAAAUUCCGUGACAAAGAUUUAUUUGCAUGUAUGGAUAAAUAUGAUCCAAAAUUAAAAAAAUUAAAUCAACAAUUAGCAGAUAUAACAUUAAAUGGUGAUUUAGAAUAUAAACAAGGACAAAUUUUAAAUGAAAUAAAGAAAAGAAGAGAAUUUUUAAAACCAGUAUAUAAAACUGCAAGUGUUAAAUUUGCUGAUAUGCAUGAUACAACAGUAAGACUAAUGGCACAAAAUGCUAUUCAUGAUGUAGUACCUCUUAAAAAUUCAAGAAAUUAUUUUUAUAAUUAUUUAUGUAAAGAAGUUGCAAUUAACAGGAUGGCAAAGAUGUUUGUUAAAAAUGUUCUUCAUAAUGGUAAAGAUAAAAUAAUAAAUUUAGAUGAAUUAGGACAAGGAAUUGAAUUUGCCAAUAAUUAUAUUAGUUAUAAAUUUGGAAACAUAUCAAAUGUCAAAAAUUUGUAUCAAUUUUUUGAAUCAGAAACAUCAGAAUUUUUGGCAUAUAUUAAAGAUGCCUCAUUAGGACGUGUGAUUCAGAAUGUCGCAGAAAAGUUAAAUGCUUCAAGUUUAGAUAAACAAGUUGGACAGAUGAGUAAUCUUAUGAGACAAGUGUCUUCUACAGUUGUAAUGAGUACUUUAAAAAAUAUAUUACUUACAAAUACACUUAGUGACACAGAAAAAAAUGAAUUGUUAACAUUACUAAGUCAAUAA